AUGUCGCUCACUCUGGGCAUGGAUUACUUCAACAACGCUACGGCGUCCUCGAUCGCCGACGUAAUGCUCCCCCAUACACGAAACACCUACUGGCACGAGUUCGACGAGAUCGCCAAAUACAACGUCUCCCUCAACUACUUCGAGAAGCUAUGGGCCGCCUGGUACGCAUUCAUGGGCAACGACGUCCUCGCUACGGGUAUCAUGAGCUUCGUCAUGCAUGAGGUGGUAUAUUUUGGAAAGAGUCUGCCGUGGAUCAUAAUCGACCGCAUACCUGCUCUGAACAAAUAUAAGAUCCAGAACCAAAAGAUUCCCUCCGCGAAAGAGCAAUGGGAUUGCGCCAUGCUCGUCCUCCUCUCCCACUUCACCGUCGAACUCCCCCAAAUCUGGCUCUUCCACCCAAUGGCCCAAUACUGUGGCCUCGAAACCAACGUUCCCUUCCCACCGUGGUGGAAGAUGGCGUACCAGCUCGCAAUCUUUUUCGUCCUCGAAGAUACUUGGCAUUACUGGACCCACCGCGCCAUGCAUUGGGGACCGCUAUACAAGAACAUCCACAAAAUCCACCACCAGUACUCAGCCCCCUUCGGUCUCGCCGCAGAAUACGCGUCACCGAUAGAAGUCAUGAUCCUUGGACUCGGCACGGUCGGAACGCCGAUCCUGUGGUGCGCCAUUACGAAAGAUUUGCACCUUCUGACCAUGUAUGUGUGGAUUGUCCUCCGUGUCUUCCAAGCCAUCGAUGCGCAUUCAGGGUAUGAGUUCCCAUGGAGCUUGCAUCACUUCCUACCCUUCUGGGCUGGUGCCGACCACCACGACACCCACCACGAGAAGUUCAUUGGCAACUACUCGAGCUCGUUCAGAUGGUGGGACUACUGCUUGGACACUGAGAGUGGACCAGAGGCAGCGAAGAGGAGGAGAGAGCGAAAGAUGGCCAAGCUGCGGAAAGCGCAAUAG